CAUGGGUGCGGACGGGUGAUAGCUGGAAGGCUCUGCGUUUCGUGUUCUUUCUUCUCUCGUUCUCCGCUUUAUUUGGUUUUAUUUAUUUAUUUUUUUGUCUGGUGGAGAAAGAUAAGAGAAAAGGAUUAAAAAAAAAGUCAGAUACGGAAAUAAAUAACGGUGUUAUUUUGGAAAUUUCCGGAUUUAUGAUUGGUUAUGCCGCACGGUUCGUUUGCAAUGAAUUUUUGGAGACUGACUCUGCUGAUCACUCUGCAGUCGACAUGGCACGCCCGCGGCGAGGAGGGCCUGUUCUUCCAGCCGGAGAACCAGCUCACGACAGACUCCCACGCCUCGGUCUGGCUCGGUCCCAGCAGCGAGACCCUGUCCGACGUGACGGUCUGCGCGUGGCUCAAGGUGCAGUACUUCCGGGAGAGUGCCUCGUAUUUCUGCUCGUAUGCCGUCAGCGACCAGAGGAACAACGAGCUCAAUUUUGGCAUUAAGAGCACCAGGAUCUUCAUCGCCAUCGGAGGCAAGUACCUCUACGCGGACGGGACGAGGCUCUACCCGGACGAGUGGUACCACGCGUGCUUCGUGGCCAACAGCGAGAACUCUACGGGGACUUUCUACCUCAAUGGCAAGAAGAACGGCGUGAAGACUCUGCCCCGCCAGUGCCUGCUCCUGAACGGCUCCCUCGUGUUGGGUCAGGAGUCAGACAAGGUCGCGGGAGGAUUUCAAGCUCUCCAAUCCUUCAGUGGGGUCAUUUCGGGAUUUAACCUAUAUUCCCGAAGCCUUCAAGAAUCAGAGAUCAAGGAAAUGUCCGAGUGCUCGAAGCAGAUUCCCGAGGGCGACGUGGUAAGCUGGUCCUCGACGGAGUGGGAGGUAGAAGGGCCGGUGGUAAGGGUGAACAUCACUCAGGACGACCUCUGCCCUAAGCGCAGAUUCAAAUUCAACGUCUUUCCGAAACGCUAUGGAGAGAAAGCAGCGAAAAGUCUCUGCAGAAAACUUAAGUCUACCCUCGCGACACCCCAGAGUCCGGAAGAAAACGGGGCGCUGUUCAAGCAAGCUGCCCACUUUGCGUCCGUCUGCCAGCCUCCCAACCACGCCACGGGAUUCUUCUGGAUGGGAGCGAAGAGGGAGAAGGACGACUGGGUGGAUGCCGAGGGCACGCCCUUGAACUACACCAACUUCGGAGACUGGAGCAUGGGCGGCUACCGGUGCGCGAGCUAUCUCCUCCCGCGGUACCGAGGCAAGUGGACCGACGUGCCCUGUGCCCGCUACGACUUCUGCGCGGCGUGCGAAGAGCCUCGGCCGGUGGCGCUGAGGAUGAGGGGCUUCUGCACCAGCGACUACAAGGAUUCCCUCUUCAGGAUCGACACGGAUCCCGCGACGAAUCUGCCGGCUUUUCGAGGCUUCACGAAAUACCAAAUCAAGUACGGCGAGGACAAGAAGUGGCAGCUCCUGAACAUGUGGACGACAGAGACCGUGGCGACGCUCUUUUCCUACGACGCCUCCUUGCCUCUGGGCCUCAGGCAGUGGAGGAUCACCGCCGACUCCGAGAUCUGCGGCAAACAGGAGGGCUCAACCCACGCCCUCGCGCUCUCCGCCUGUCGGGACAACGAAUACAGCUGCGGCGACGGGACCUGCAUCAGCCUCGAGAGCCGCUGCGACCUGAGGGUGGACUGCCCGGAUAACAGCGACGAGACCAGCUGUAGCAAGCUGGUUCGUCCUCCAGACUACCUGCUCCAGCUGCCUCCUCCGGGAACCGAUCCGGGGCCUCUGGGGCUCAACCUGUCCAUCGCCAUCAAGGGGUUCUCGGAGGUGGACAUCAGGGACAUGGACCUGAGUGUGGAUUUCGCGACGACGAUCACGUGGAUCGACCAGAGACUCCAGUACAAGAACCUCAAGGAACUUCCGGAAUUUAACUACAUCGAUCCAUCAGACGUGUGGACGCCGAAAGUGGAUUUAGACAACGCCAUCUUCCCCGACAUCCACCGAACGACCCCCGUCAUCAGCGCCCUGAGGAAGUCGGCAGCCGAACCGGAUGACGCGUCGGUGGCCAUUAAUGACGAGAUGUACGAAGGCUCCAAGAACCCCCUGAGUUUCAACCAGAAGAUCAAAGCGCCCUUCUCGUGCAACAUGGAGCUCCAGAUGUUCCCCUUCGACACGCAACACUGCCAGAUGCACCUCAGGAUCGCGUCGACGAGGGAGAACUUCUUGCGGUGGAGGAAGCUGGAGGUGGUCUACGAGGGAGAGGUCACGACGUCCGAAUACGUGGUCGGCGGCAUGACCAUCGACCACCGCAGCACGAACAACUACAGCGUGGCCGUCGUCGGCUUCGUCUUCUCCCGCCAGUACAGCUACUACAUGACCUCCGCCUUCCUGCCUUCCAUCAUGCUCAUGCUCAUAGGAUACGCCUCCCUCUUCUGCAAGCGUGAGAACCGCGACCUCCGGGUCAUGAUGUCCCUGACGACGCUGCUGGUCCUGUAUUCGCUCUACCAGCAGGUCGAGGACGGGCUCCCCUCCACGUCGUACACGAAGGCGAUCGACGUCUGGUUCUUCUUCGCGAUUUCCUUUAUCUUCACGCAGGUCAUCCUGCACGUGGCCAUCGACGUGCGUGUCCCUCUGCCGACGCGCUUCCCGAAACCCACGACGGUCCUGCCCAUCAACGAGAUCCCGAGCAAGAUGUUCCCUUCGAGGUCCUGCUGGAGGCCCCUGAUCGCCGCCAGGGUCUUCUAUGCCAUCCUCUUCGCCCUCUUCAUGGCUGUGUUCUGGAUGGUGGUCCUCAGGUUCAACGACAGAGCGAGUAUCUUGGGGUUGUAAUGGAGGUUGAAAAG